AACCUAUAACCAUCGUCCAAUAUGUUUACGCUGUCGUUUAGAUCACCAGCUUCUAACUUAUACGGGUUACGCCGUUGAAUCUGCAAUUUAAGCCACCUCUCCCUUCUCCAUCGGUCUCGAAGUUCCGAGCCUUCAUUUUCCCUGUGGAUUCAUCUUUUGACGCUCCUCUAUCUUCUCCGAAUCAUUCUUCUGCACAGCCUCAGCGCCGCAUCCACCAGAUCUGCUCUCUCCUCUAAGCUAGCUUGUCCUUCUCCUUCGCGAGGAUCACGAGGGAGGGCGCUGCUUGAGCUGGUAACUUGGGUGAUCAGGAAAGAUGGAGGUACAAACAAGCGGCAAGCCGAUUGAUUCGCUUUUGGAGAGGGUCCUGUGUAUGAACAUUCUCUCUUCCGAUUAUUUCAAAGAGCUUUACAGGCUAAAGACGUACCAUGAAGUGAUUGAUGAAAUUUACAAUCAAGUUGACCAUGUGGAACCAUGGAUGACGGGGAACUGUCGUGGGCCGUCAACAGCCUUUUGUCUUCUAUACAAGUUUUUUACCAUGAAACUCACAGUCAAGCAGAUGCACGGCCUAUUAAAGCACAAAGAUUCACCUUAUAUUAGAGCGGUAAUGUUGCUAUUCCCAUUUGUUUUCUGGUUAGAAUUCAGAAUUGCCGAAUGAUUUGAAUUCCUAUUAUUUAUCCUAUGCAACAGUAGGAUAGACGCCUUUGCUUGAAUUUAGACACUGUGAGUACUUACAGUAGUAACUAAUGUUAUUAUCUUAGUUGCUGUCUCUGAGGGACUACACCUUCUCCUCUCAUUUAUUUGGUUUACAUGGUCAACCCGGUUGUUCAAUUUAAGUUGGGGUUCAUAGCAGAACCCAGUUCUCUUAUUUUUUUUUUUUUUUUAUGAAGCUACCCUUUUGUGCUGACUUCAUUAAUUGGAUAAGCUGAAGAAGUUAGCACUGUAGUCACAUUAAUGGUCCUGUUUGGUAAGGAUAUGUAGAAGUUCCCUGGGUUCAACUUUUGAUAACAGCCUAAGUUGAUCCAGAAACCUCAAUAGAAUGUAAGUCAAUUUUGUGUGGGAACUUUUUAGCAGCCUAGUUGAUUCAGAAACCUCAAUAGAAUGUAAGUCAAUUUUGUGUGGGAAAUUUUUAGCAGCCUAGUUGAUUCAGAAACCUCUAUAGAAUGUAAGUCAUUUGGGUGUAGGAACGUUUUAACUCAAGCUGACACUAGUAUUGGGUAAUUAGCAUUCCACCAUUAGCCUGACAAGGUUGUAGAUACUUCGUGCCACUAUGUUGCAAUCAGAGUAUUUAAUGGGACGAGUUACAGUUUAAUAAAUUUGGUCCCCAGUUCUCUGUUUAUGUUUCUUGUUUGAUUAAUGAGUCCUUAGUGAAUGGCGUAUUUGAUAGUCAUUCUAUUAUGGAAAUGGUGAACGAUGUGUUGCAAUUCUCUCAUCCAUUUUGCAUGUUUUCUUUUCUGGGUGGAUUCUUCUAACCCUUACAUUUUUCUUUUCAUCCCAAGCACCAGACCGUUAUGUUCCAUGACAAGUAACUGGUACUUGUAAUUGUUCAGAAUACACAACGACCUAUCUAGCUAUUUUGUGUUGGAAGGGUGAGGAACAAAAAACCUGCUAAGGCAAACACAUUCUUUUUCUUGAUAUUAUGAUGCAUUGGCAAGCCAGAUCAUAUUCUUGUUCCACCUAGCUAAUUAUGUACCUCCAGAUUGACCUUCUUUCUUUUAGUUGAUUAGAUGUUCUCACCUCUGCAUAAUGCUGCCAUUGUUACGCUGAGCAGAUGUUCACAAUACAAGAUUGGAUUCCUGUACUUGAGAUAUGCUGCAGAUCCAAAGACACUGUGGAACUGGUAUGAACCAUAUAUUGAAGAUGAUGAGGAAUUUUCUCCAGGAUCCAGCGGAAGGAAAACUACCAUGGGUGUUUAUGUUCGCGAUCUGAUCCUUGGACAGUACUACUUUGAUACCCUAUUCCCCCGAGUUCCUGUCCCUGUAAUGCGUCAGGUGGUGUCUAAUCUUGAAAAGAUGAAACUCCCCGCCAAAUCAUCAGGCUCAACAGGGGAUAAUAGCCGCCAUGGCUCAGAGGAAACUGCUCGUCGGCCGCCUUCUGUGAAGGCUGCACUUUCAGUUUCAUUUGGUCAGCGUGCUCCACACCGUGCAUCAACUAGGGACUCAUCACCUGUUCGCCGAACACUACCACCACCUGUUGCAUAUGAGAGAAGUACCAACGAUCAACGUAGAUCUCCCAGCAGCUGUCACAGCCAGAGCCGUGACAGAGACCUUUCAGAUAGGGAACGGGACCGGGACAGGGAAAGGGAUAGAGACAGGGACAGAGAUAGGGAGAGAGACAGAAACAGAGAUAGGGAGAGGCGGUACGAUUAUGACCGGAGGUCCAGUUAUGGUGACCGAGAAAGUAGAAGGGAUUAUGAAAGGAGCAGCAGAGAUGAUAGCAGAUAUCACAGGGAUCGAAGCGGUAGUCAUAGAAGUCGGAGUAGGAGUCGCAGUCGCAGCAGGAGCAGAAGUCGAAGCAUGCAGGGAGGAGUCCCCACAACAUUUGAUCGGGAGGAAAACAAGGAGAAGAAGAUAAGUACCUCCACCCAUCUUGCGAAACUAAAGGAUCUGUAUGGCGAUCUGAGUGGUGAGAAAAAAGGUGAUGCGGCAACGGAGAGGGGUCCUAUAAGAGAUAAUGACGGCGGCGAAGAGGUGAUUAGACUAGGGGGUUCUAGUUGGAAGUGGAAAUAGUUUGUAGACGGAUGAAUUUGGUGUAUCAUUGAUUCGACAGUGUCAAUGUGUAUCAUUUGUGAUUUGUUUCACCAGCAAGGCUAACUUUUAUCUUAGCAACUCUUCAAAACCAGAUUCUCGGGCUCAUUGUGAUAGCCAUACUUUUCUUGUAAUCCUUGGCGCAGCAUGCUGUCUAACUUUAAGAACUAAAGUUUCCGCCUCACUUUUAUUCACUCUUAUAGGGCGAUGAGGCUGUUUGAGUUUUGUUUCUGACUAUUAUUAGGGAUGACAAUC